AGUAAACAAAAGAAAGGUAAACGAGAGAGAUUCGUGUCCGGUCAAGGGCCACUUCGCCCCCAAGGACCCAAGACCAGGUAUAUAAUGCAGGGGCCGGGACGUUCUGGUCAUCCAAAGCUACCAGCAACCUCCAACAGCAGCCAUGAAAGCAAUGAAACUUCUUCUCUUCGCCAGUCUUCUGGCAACUGCUUUGGGCCGUGGAUACAUUGGCGGCGGUCUAAACUACGGCUCGCUCGGGGCACGUAUCUAUGGACCUUCCCUCGGUGGGCUCUAUGGCGGAUACAAUAACCUCUAUGGAGGAUACAAUAGCCUCUAUGGAGGAUACGGAGGUUAUGGUGGUCUUUAUGGGGGAUAUGGAGGAUACAAUGGUCUAUAUGGAAGAUAUGCUGGUGCUCCAGGCAUUAUCAGCAGAUCGUACGGCGGAUACAGUCCUUACGGCGGAUACUCUUACGCCUCUCCAGCCAUACAAUAUGCUGCUGCUCCUAGAAUUCAAUAUGCGGCUCCACGAAUCCAAUAUGCUGCACCUGCGCCAGUAGCCGUUGCUGCUCCAAGAAUCCAGUACGCUGCUCCAGCCCCAGUCGCAGUUGCUGCUCCAAGGAUCCAGUAUGCUGCUCCAAGGAUCCAGUACGCUGCUCCAAGGAUCCAGUACGCUGCUCCAGCCCCAGUCGCAGUUGCUGCUCCAAGGAUCCAGUACGCUGCUCCUGCACCAGUCGCAGUUGCUGCUCCAAGGAUCCAGUACACUGCACCUGCGCCAGUAGCCGUUGCUGCUCCCCGAAUCCAGUACGCUGCUCCUGCACCAGUAGCAGUUGCUGCCCCACGAAUCCAGUACGCCGCUCCUGCACCAGUCGCAGUUGCUGCUCCAAGAAUCCAAUACGCUGCACCUGCGCCAGUAGCCGUUGCUGCUCCCCGAAUCCAGUACGCUGCUCCUGCACCAGUAGCAGUUGCUGCCCCACGAAUCCAGUACGCUGCUCCUGCACCAGUAGCAAUUGCUCGACCAGCUCCAGUAGCUGUCGCAGCCCCAGAAAUCAGAUACGCUGCUCCAGCUCCGGUAGCUGUUGCAGCUCCAGCUAUUAGAUAUGCUGCUUCAGCUCCAACAUACAAAGGCACAGCUGCACUCCCAGCAAGAGUUGCCGUUGCCCCUGCUCCAGCUCCUAUUGCAGUGGCCCCACAAAUCAGGUACACAGCUCCAGCACCCAUCCGAGUGGCAGCCCCUGCACCUGUGGUAGCUGCCCCCGCCAUCCGAUAUGCUGCACCAGCCCCCGUCGCCAUCCCUAGACCUGCCAUCAGAUACGCUGCCCCAGCUCCAGUUGCAGUAGCCGCCCCUGCCAUCCGAUAUGCUGCCCCUGCUCCAGCAAUUGUGUCCAGACCAGCUGCCGUCGCAGUCGCCGCUCCUGCAGUGAGCUACGCCGCCCCUGAGCCGGUUGCAGUAUCCGCUCCUGCUGCUGUUAUUCCUCGAACCACCUUGGUCGGUGGUUACGGAUACACUGGUGGAAUCGGUGGUUAUUCUUUCCCUCUCAUUAGGAAUUACGAAGGAAAGAGCAUCAAGAAAAGCGUCGCCGCUUUCUUCGCCUUGGUGGCCUGCACCGUCGCCCUCAGCGGCUACUAUGGUUACGGUGGCUAUGGUUAUAGUCCUCUGCACUACGGAUACAGCGCCCUGCAUGCUCCCGUUGCCACCACCUACGCCACUCACCACGCAGCCCCCAUCGCCACUUACGCCGCCGCCCCAGCAGUUGUAAAGAGCGCUGCCUAUGUUGCCCCUGCUGCUUACCACGCCGUCCACCACGCCCCUGCCGUCGUCGCCGCUCCAGCAGCCACUGUUGUCAAGAGCUACGCCGCCCCUGCCGUCGUCGCUGCUCCAGCAGCCACCGUUGUCAAGAGCUACGCCGCCCCCGCUGUUGUCGCUGCUCCAGCAGCCACCGUGGUUAGGAGCUAUGCUGCUCCAGUGGCCGUCGCAGCCGCACCAGCCGUUGUCAAGAAAUCCUACACCUAUGCCGCUCCAGCUGCAGCAGCCUUGACAUACGCUGCCCCAGCAAUCUCUACUUACGCAGCACCAGCUGUUUCCUACUCAUCCCUCGGAUACAGUGGUCUCGGAUAUGGCAGUCUCUAUGGAGGUUUAGGAUACAGCAGUCUCUAUGGUGGUCUCGGAUACGGAAGCUAUUAUUACAAGAAAUAAGCUGUGAGGUAAUCUACGAAGCUUUCUGACGGAAGAACAGUUGUUAGAUGUGAAGAUUGUUACUUUACUUGUUGUUACUGGUGAAACCGUGUGUUGAAAUAAAGGAUUGUUUCUUAUAAAA